AUGGAUUUUAGUAAAUAUUUGAUAACAAUCCUAUCAUUCUUUAUAAUAUUUAUCGAAGCGAAAUCAACUUUACGGUCUCGUGUAACCAAUGAGGGAUUAAAAUUUUUUAGCAACAUUAGCCACCACGUGGUGAACUACGAAAUUAAAAAUAUCGCUUUUCCAUCUUUAUUAAUACCAAUCGAAAGCGGACCUGGUUCGGGCUACGUUAACAUUACGAACAUGAAAUUGGAACAGUUUGAUUCUCCAAAAUUCCAGUUUAAACUCGUUCCUCCGAAUGGCAUAGCAUGGAAAUCAGUUAAUGGUUCUUUUCGGAUUAUCGGUGACUGGGAAGCAGUUUACGAUAUUCUAAUACCGAUCUAUUUGUCUGGUUAUGUAAUCGCUAAUGGUAAAGAUAUUCGCUCUAUUCUUCAAGCUGAUUUUUACGUAUAUGAGAAACAUCCUCAAAUCCAAAUUGAUCAAUGCUCAAUCGAAAUCGAAGAUCUCGAAAUAAAUAUUGGAGGUGGUGUAAUUCCAUGGAUUGUUGAUUUAUUUAGGCCACAAAUAUCCAUAUUAGUUAAAAAAAUUGUCCAUGAACAGGUAUCCAAUAUUUGGCUCAUAAGAUUAAUGAGAAUAAAUAAAGCCACAGAUAUCCAUUUUAUUCUCUUUAUUCCUCAUAUUAUUAAGAUGUGUCAGUCAAUCGAGACGACAAUACUGGAACAGGUGAACAACUUAUUAGAAUCACUGCCCACAACGAUUCAAAUUAUUGAUGGCCUUCAUAGCACGAGCUUUAGACGAGUUUUUUUUAUUUUUCAUCAAUUUUCAGAAAAUGAUUCUCCUUCUAACUAUAUGGUUCAUUUUUGGUUUUCGGAUUAUAUACCCAAUUGUUUAUUCCAGUCAGUGUAUUUUGGUAAUCUUCUUAUUUUUUACUUUUUUAAUUAUAGAUGCACAUUUUACGAAAUAUGUAUUGGACGUUUUUUCCCAUUAUUACCUGAAAAAUAUCCUAGUGAUUAUUUGGAUAUUCGUAUUGCGUGUUCACAAGCACCAAUGAUUAUUUUUGACGAGAAAGGGUUACUCACGUUUGUUUAUGCGUAUUUCGAUUUUUAUAUUUCGCCUUGGAUGGAACAGAAACAAAGACUUGUUAGACUCGGUUGGAAUUUCAGAAAUCCAUGUUUAAUCCAAGCUUUAUCAACUCUCGAGAUUUUAAUCAAGCCUAUGAUUACUCUGACAAUGAAUUUGGUUUUAAAAACUGGCUUUCGUCUUCCUCUUAUUGAUAAUAUUACCCUUUCUGAUAACGCUGAUAUUGUAACAAAGAAUGGUUAUGUUCGCAUUGAUUCUGAUCUGAUUUAUUUACCAUCGAAGGAUUUAAAGAAAUUUUUGGAGAAAACUUCAAAAAAUUUCUAA